ACAAAUAUCUCCUACUCAAACAAAAUCUGCCAUAUCUCUCAUCUUCUCUUUUGAGGAGGAAAUUAAUUAAAUUUUCUUUUUUUUUUUUUUUAAAAUGCCUACUGCUUUCCUUCCAUCUGCAUACUCACAUUCUGCUUCAAUCAUACCUAGUAACUUAACUCCAAAACCAUUCACUUCAUUUCCUCCGAAUUCCAAGAAACUACGUUACAGGUCUGCGUCAUGUCGUAGACCUCCCGCUGCUUCCACCUCUUCUUCAAUCACAGAUUUCGACAUCUAUGAUCUUCUAGGCAUCGAUAGCUCCUCCGAUCAAUCGCAUAUCAAAAUGGCAUAUCGUACGCUGCAGAAGCGAUGCCACCCAGACAUCGCAGGGCCUACGGGGCAUGACAUGGCUAUCAUUCUUAACGAAGCUUACUCUGUUCUAUCCGAUCCAAAUUCGCGUUUGGCUUACGAUAAGGAACAAGCAAAGAUUGCAGAACUACGUGGGUAUACUGGGAAACCCAUUUACUCAGUGUGGUUUGGGUCGGAAAGCGAAGAGAGAGCAGUAUUUGUGGAUGAGGUGAAGUGUGUUGGUUGCUUGAAAUGUGCAUUAUUUGCAGAGAAAACCUUUGCCAUUGAAUCUGUUUAUGGAAGAGCAAGAGUGGUUGCACAGUGGGCUGAUCCUGAGCACAAAAUUCAAGCUGCCAUUGAUACAUGUCCAGUUGAUUGCAUCUCGAUGGUGGAAAGGUCAGAUUUAGCAGCACUAGAGUUCCUAAUGUCCAAGCAGCCAAGAGGCAAUGUGCGAGUUGGCGCUGGCAACACAGCGGGUGCACGUGUCUCAAACAUAUUUGUUGAUGUGAAAAAGUUCCAAACCAGAGUUGUUGAAGCCAUGAACAAGGCAGAUGCCCAAGGCUCCAAGGAAACAGACCCCCAAAGAGAAGCAAGAAUAUCAGCUAUUCAAGCAAUUAGAUCAAUCUCGAAUUGGUUAUAUUGGCAAUCACGAAAAGCAGGACCCCCAUCGAAACCUCACCAAAACCUCCCACAGAUUGCUCAAAAUACAACCGAACUAAACAUUAACAAGCUCCGGGCAGCCGCUGCAGCCAGAAAGCAUGCAAGCCAAAGCACAAGACCUGCUCGUCAAGUACCAUCCAACCUAUAUCACGAGGAGUACUGGAUUCCAUCAGCCGGAGCACUUCCUGCCUCAACCAAUAAGUCUGGCUCUAGAGCCACCUCAGAGGCUCCAAAACAUACUAAAGAGCCAAAAGUUCUUGAUGAGAAAGAUUACAAGACAGGAGAUAACCAAAUGAAUCCCAUAAGACGGAGAGCUCCAAUGGUGAUUGCAACAAUUGCAGCAACUAUAGUAAGAGAACAGGCUGUUGUCCGUUUGAAUGAACAUAUAGGUGGUGCUUUGGCAUUGGAGAUUGUUAAUAGCUCUUGGUUACAUGCUAUAUUAGCAGGGAUUACAUGGUACAUAGUUGGCUUGGGAAUGAUAGAGCUAGUAGAAGCAAUUAGGAAAAGGUUAUAACAAAGAAAUAAAAGAAGAUUCAUCAUGCACUGAAAUGAUACUUCAUGUGGAAUAUAUUCAUGACAAGAUAGUAUUUGAUUUUCUGUAAUAAAUUAGCAAUAAAAUAAUAUGUAUAGUUCCAUACA